CCUUUACUGUUUGCCGAGGCAGUUUUGCGGUUAGGGCAAGCGUUGUGCGAUUCGCUGGGAGAGGAGGGAUCGCGGCGCGCGCAGCGAUGUUUUCCAGGGGGAAUUUAUUGGGGAGCGGGGGAAGUGCCGACGGAUACGAGGUUGCAGCAGCAAAGAGGCAGCGCUUGCUAGACACUGCAGGCUCUUACUUUGGAAGCUCGCCUCAUGCCACUGCUGCUCAUGCGAGCUUCAUGUACGGGGGCCCCGGAUUUGCCUUCCUGGGCCAGCCGCGACCCUUCCCAGUUGUCCGACUGCGAGGACUCCCGUUUAACUGCUCAGAGAGUGACGUAUUCGAAUUCUUUGCAGGCCUGGAUGUGGUGGAUGUGCUGCUCGUCCGGAAACAGGGAAGGUUCUCCGGCGAGGCCUUUGUGGUGCUGGGAGCUCCCAUGCAAGUCGACUUUGCUCUCCAGCGGAACAGGCAGAAUAUGGGACGGAGGUACGUAGAGGUCUUCCGGAGCAAGAAGCAGGACUACUACAGUGCCGUGGCCACGGAAGUUAACGAUCCCAGGUCCGGUGAUGUCUUGGCGACGCUCGCUUCUUCGGCCGCUGGAGGUGGCGGUGGCGGUGGCGGCAGCGGCGGCGGUGGUGGUGGUGGUGGCAGCAGCGGGAAGAACAGCUUGUGUGACAAGGAUCUGGCCGAGCACACGGGGGUGCUCAAGCUGCGGGGGCUGCCAUUCUCGGCGUCCAAGCGGGAUAUAGUGGAGUUUUUCCGGGAGUUUGGGCUCAAGGAGGACAGCGUGCAGAUUGUAGUUCACUCGGAUGGCCGGGCGACCGGGGAGGCGUACGUGUUUUUCUUGGGACCGGGGGACUCCAAGGCGGCCAUGAACAAGGACAAGAUGACACUGGGGAAUAGAUAUGUGGAGCUCUUCCCGUCUUCUCGAGAGGAGGCCAACAGAGCCGCGUCCAAGUCGAGAUAGCCGGCGCUACUUGUAUUAUCAACCAACGCUUUUCGAGCAGGAGCAAUGCACAGACGUAACAACGAUGACAACGACGACGAAGACGACUUCUUUCUUCAUCUCAACUCUAUAUAGGCGGGGGAAAGUAAGGAAAAAAUACUGUACUCUUUUUUUCUUCCUCUCUCUUUCUCUCUAACGCUUGGGGGGAUUCUUUUAUACUAGCUAACAUCUAGGUGGUGGCCGUGUACGUCUGGGCCAUUGUUACUACAUUUCCACCAUGAACAAAGAUUUUUCUUAAGAAACAUAAAA